ACACACACUCUCUCGUGGCCAGGUGAGUAUAGCAGACGACGAGCAAGCGGCGCCAAGUCCAGCACAGGGGGCGCUGGGAGAGCCCGUCGCCUCGCUCGCGCAAAGUUUGCUGCCAACUCGACGCGCACGUCCAAUCACGCCACCAGAGGGAGUCAAAGGUAAUCGAAACGUGGCCUUUCCUCAUCACGCAAUACCCGUUAUCGUCAAUCUUGCUCUGCACGAGGACAGAAUGCUUUCAUCCGGGACAUCGGCUGAUGGACAAGAGAGGCAGACUUCAUUCAACCUGGUUUCUACCAACCUUGGGUAGCAGCUGAGUUAACCUGUAACGGUAGGAGCGCAACCCACCCAGGAUGCCUUGGUGGCCCCACCUCUUGAUCCUCCUCUCCACGUUACAGGCUUGUAGCGGCCUGGACUGCUUCAAGUGCGUCUCUCUGGACGGGAACAAUCCAUCCUGCGAGGACCCCUUCCACCACAACUACAGCGAGGACAUUCUGGCUGCUCCCUGCCUCGCAGGCAGGAAAUCACGCAACGGGCUAUUUCCGGCCACCGCCUGCAUCAAACUCAACGGGGUUUACGAAGAGACGGGCGAAACCAUGAUGGUCCGCAGCUGCGCCUUGGACAGUGGCACCCUGACUGUGGACACGGAGAUUGUGCGCAUGAGUCACUGUGGUGGGUUCUACUUUAAAAACAUGUACGUCAAGGGGUGUAUACAGAGCUGCACCGAAGAUGCCUGCAACGCCGCCAGCGCCCUCUUCAGGCCCAGGAUACACGGAGUGACCUCACUCGCGGCUCUCACAUUUGUGCUCGCUCUAUGUUGGAGACGGAUACUUUCCUGACUGCAAGCGGUGGUUCAUCACGUGAUUCUUGUGCAGUGACGUCACGCUGGUUGAGCAGUUACGAAUGCGAUACUCUUCACUCUUUUGCCUGCGCUGCUGACGUGUAAAGAGACCACGUGCGAUUUUGUGAAACGAUGUUGGUCGAAAUAAGUUAUGUGGCUCCAGAAUUUGGCGCGAUUUAGUGCAUCACGUGUAUGUACGCGCGUAUGAUUGGGUGACACACUGGCAGAUAUUUAUAAAAAUAACUUGACAGCGUUGUUGAAGUGGAACACCACCGCUCGUGAAAUCGUGUUUAACGCGAUGGAGUUCGAUGUGAGCUCACACGAGAAAUAGAAAAAAAAAACGCCGUUGAAAUCCCAUUCUGGCCCAGCAGGCGACGCUUUUGACUCCGCCAUACUGAUGACGUCAGCAGAAUAGAACAGACGGUAAAGCGGGAGCUUUGCGGCUUUCCCGUGCGGCGCGCGCGCAACCAGCGGUGCACCAGAGCCGUUUAUGCAGGGCAUGUGCGAUUGCACGUGACCUCAAGCGCCCAGCUUGCCCACACAUAUAUAUAUUCCAACUGGAGAAGUGCAGGUACAUCCAAAGUAGAACGUCCCAAAACUGAAUGAUAUGGUGAGAGUACUGUCCAUAUAUACUCACACCAGAACUAGCAGGUCAUCUGAAGUGAUGAAGUAGUUCGAGAAGUCCGCUAAUGAAAAAGAAAAAAAGAAACCGAAAUAAUUUACUGCGAAAUAAACACGAGACAAGCAGUCAUGCACCAUUUAGCUUUUGUGAAAUACCAGCAACAUGGUGUUUUUUUUUUGUGCUCCUCCUCAACAAUUUGAGUGACAGUACACGAGCUCCACAAUCAGUGGUUUACCCAGGAUCACAAGCACAGGGGGACAUUGGAAAAAUUAGGGGGUCAUUAUUAGUUAUAUUGUCUAAAGCUGAAAACCCAAAGGCCCUCCCUGUAAAUCACUGUCCACAAUACUCCCCGUUUUGCCCCAGUUAAAAUGGCUGCGCGUUGUGUACGCCGCGCGCGCGCUUGGAAAUUUUAUCUAUUCAUCUGGGAAGUUCGGCGGGCUUUUCACUUAUUAAACGGUGGUAUGGAGAUCUCCCGCGACUACAAACAAGAGAUUAAAGCAUAAACCUCAUCAUAAACUCAUUGUAUCCAUCAAAUACCCAACCAGACGCUCUCUACUCUCUAAGCUGUGUACUUUUGUUUCACUCUGAUCUUACUGCUAUAAUAUAUGCUGCUAAGCGCCUCGGGCUUGCCUUUGUGUUGCCCAUUGUUCGAGGCAUUCUAUACUUCAACUGCCAUCCGAUUUUAUGGUCUUUUAUGAAAUGACGGGUAUAAAAAAUGCAAUAACGGCUGUUGCUUCCGUGCGGAAGAUUAAUGCAAUGCAUGAAGCAAUUAGCAACUUACCAUUGCAGAACUGUGCAAGUUGAAACUCUCAGAACUUGUGUUGCUUCGUGAACACAUGCGUGCAUUGGGCACAAUUAAGAACAUUGUCUUCUGCCACUUUCUAGCGAAUGCGCUGAAAAGGCGCGAAAUGAAAGGAAAAGGAAGCAAGUGUGACGUCAUCGACCGGGAAAAAUUGAGUGAGAACGUUUCAUCGACCGAAUUAUCAUAAUAAAUACGGUGCAAUACUUUCUCUUAAAUAAAUACAAUAAAUUAUAAUCUACUGUGA